AUGGAGCUCGCCACCGUCGCCGCAGCAGUCACCUCCACCGCCGCGCGCCCGCACGGGCCUUUCUCCUCUCCCCGCGCGGUCUCCGUCUCGUGGAAUAACAGUCCUUCGCUCGCCUCCACCUCCCGCCGCUGUCUCUCCACGCCUUCGCGACGGCGGCUGCGGCGGUGGCUCCCCGUCACCUCGGCUGCCGUGGAGCUCCGCGAGGCUGCUGCCGGGGGCGGGGACUCGCUUCGUGUCACCGAGACGCCGCAGCCUGGAUCCAGUGUUAAGUUCAGCGUGGAGGUGCCUACUUCCAUCAUUCGCGAGUGUUACCAAACCACGCUACAGGAGUACGCAAAGCGUUUUAAGGUUCCUGGAUUUCGGCCUGGGAAGACCAUUCCAGAAAACAUUCUUAUAAACUAUGUAGGACCGCAACAUGUACAGGACGCCACAAUUGAAGCUAUCUUAAAACAUACACUUCCUCAAGCACUGUCCUCGGUAGAGGAGAGGGCAUUAGAAGAUUCUGUUCGCAUUCUGACUCAGUUUGAUGAUCUGAGAAAUUCUUUCUCACUCGACGAUGUGUUUAGAUAUGAUGUUGCUGUGGAUGUUGUCCCUGAAGUCCGAUGGUUAUCCGAAGACAAAUAUAAGAACCUCAAAGUUGUUGUUGAAAUAGAUGAAGCUGUUGAUGCAGAAAAGGCGGCAGAAAAAGAGCUUCAGCGACGUCAUAAAGCUCUGGGCCUACUUAGAGUUGUGGCUGAGAGAGGCCUCCAGAUUGGUGAUCUGGUGGUACUAGAUAUAUUUGCAGAAAGCAUUAAUAGUGAUGGCUCUAAAGGUGAAAAAAUUUCAUCGGCUGAGAGUACAGGUUUCCACUUGGACACUGAGGAAACUAAUAACCUUGUUCCUGGAUUUCUUGGUUCAUUAAUUGGGAUCCAUCCUGGUGAAGCUAGAUCAUUUCCUAUUCAGUUCCCUGAGUCGUUUGAGCAAGAAAGUCUACGAGGUGUCCAUGCACAAUUUACUGUUGUGUGUAAAGAGCUCUUCUACAGAGAGUUGCCCAAAAUGGGUGACUCACUUGCUGUAAAGCUUCUUCCAGGAUGCACUACCAUAGAUGAGGUUCGAGAACGUAUUUUGGAAAGAUGUAAAGAAGUAGAGAAAACGGCCAUAGAACAAGCAACCGAUAACGCAAUCCUUGAUCAGCUCGGGAAGUUGGUUGAGGUUGAUGUUCCUCGUGCCUUGUUUCAAGAACAAGGCCAACAACUUUAUGGAGCCAAACUUCUGCAGCUUCAGGCAGAAAGGAAGCUAGAUAAAGACCAGCUAGCAUCCUUAUCGACCCAGAGGUCAGUUCAGGCGUACCUAGAAGAUGAGAAGGAGAAUAUUACAAGAAUCAUUAAACAGAUGCUGGCUGUUGGUGAUGUUUUCAAAUCUGAGAAUUUACAGUACUCAACUGAACAGCUCAUCAAGGAAGUUGAAAACUCCAUAGCAGAGUUCAAACAGUACAAUCAAGACUAUGAUGAGAACAACAUCAGGCAGCAGGUCCAGGAUGUUCUAGAGGCAGCGAAGGUGCUUGAAUGGCUCAAGGAGAACUGCACAGUCGAGUAUAUCAGGCGAUGA